AGUGGGGGCUGCAAGGAAGUUAAAACGAAAGGCAGUUCGCGCCGUUUCUGCUUUGCAGAGGCACGCAUGCCCGCGCCACAUCUUUUGCAGCUUUCCAAACCUACAAAAUCCGGUCGCCUGUUCUGGGUGCGAAGGGGCUAAUUAAAAAAGCGUCAUAUUGGAAGUUCCAAAACAUUUUCUCUCUUGGAUCUGCUGUUUUCUGCAUCAUUUAGGUUUCAAAAGGGGCCAUCCUACCCACUAUUUAACAAUCCUGGUGGUUCUAUGGACCGCCUUUUGCACGUCGCAAACUGCGCGAACCAGAGGGGAAUAUUAAUGACAGUGAUUAUGUACUAGGCUCCAGUGCUGCACUACUUCCUCCUCCUCCUCCUUUUUUAUACUAUAAAAUCGUUUUUCAAUUUAACAGGCAAUCGGUUCUGGCGGUGGGGCUGUGAAAGUUUUUGCAGUCUGACUCAGUAAACAGCAGCUCUAAUCCCCUGAACCCCGUGCGGGGGGUAACCUGAACCCCGACGCACCCAGCCAGGUACCAGGGAGAGCCAUCCCCCUCCCGGUUCCCUAUUGCUCUUGUCAAUGGCACGCCCGUGGCAGAUGGUAAAGGCUGCAGAGCUUUCUGGUGACUCAAGCUGUUUGGCAACGCGAGGCGAGGUGCGCGAUCCGGAGCCCUCUUUCCUCCCCCCCCCCCGCCUCUCUCUCCUCCUCCUUGCAGGCGGAUAAACCAAGUCUCGCCCCGCCUCCGCUCCUCCUCUCUCAGCUGAAACCACUCUGGUGUCUGCGGCAGCCAUCUUUGUUGAUGUGUCAGCUUUCAGUUCCUCUUAGGAGCUUGCAGCAGGAACAAGGGGAGGAGGGAAGGACGACCCCUCGUUACUAUUAGCAAUGGGAGGGCAGCUACGCUCGCCAAAGAUCUUCUGCUUUCCAGCUUCCUAGCAAACUGAUUCUUGGUGGAAAGAUGGAUGAGCAAUUACAAGAAGAGCAAAGUCCUCUGAAUCCGGUCAACCUUUCAAAGACUGAUGACGUAUCUUCCAGCUCAUCAGCUGUUGAAGAAGCAGAGAAAACAUUGGGAAUUCAGGAUAGUCUACAGACUGCAGACACUGGAGGUGAAAAAAGCCCUUUGAGCAUAGAAAAUAAACAAUUGACACUGGAUCCCAGUUCAACAGCUCUUGAUGCAAGUGGAAAUGGGGAUGUUGUUGAUGCACAGCCUACACCAGACGUUAAUGGAGAUGGAGGUGGAGAUUGUUGUGCUAAACCAUUUGAAAUGCAGACAAAAGAGGACUGCUUACCUAUGGGAGACUGUAAAGGAGAAGUUUCUAAAACUGAUGACACAGAUCGAUCCCUGGUACACCUAUUGCAUGACGAUAUGAAAGGGCCUCACGGGGUCUGCUCAGAAAGCCCUUAUGACACAGAUUGUACUAAGAAUCUUAUCUCAACUAUUCAGAACGCUUCUUCUCAGGAAGCUUUGUUAGAAGAAAUAGAGUCUGAACUACUAUCGACGGGUUUGUUGAAAGACCAUAAACUUCCAAAUGGGGUGUGCAGGAGUGAAGCUACCUUGGCUGUACUUGAAAAAUGCAUGCAAGAUAAAUAUCUGCAGCAAGAACACACAAUAAAGAAAUUGAUUAAAGAAAACAAAAAGCACCAGGAACUAAUUUUGGGCAUUUGUUCAGAAAAGGACGACUUAAAAGACGAAUUGAAGAAAAGAACAGAAACUGAAAAACAGCACCUUGGCAUUAUUAAACAGUUAGAGGCCAGAAUAGAGGAUCUCCAAAAAGAAGUUAAAGCUGCUAAAGAUAAACUGUUAUCCCAAGAUGCUGCUGCGAAAAAUGCCAUACAACAACUGCACAAAGAGAUGGCUUUUCGUACAGAUCAGGCAAACAAGAAAUGUGAAGAAGCCCGCCAAGAAAAAGAAGCCAUGGUAAUGAAAUACGUUAGAGGAGAGAAGGAGUCCCUAGACCUCCGAAAGGAAAAAGAAAUACUUGAAAGAAAAUUGAGAGAUGCAAAUAAAGAAAUUGAAAAGCAAACUAACAAAAUAAAGCAGCUUUCCCAGGAGAAAGGACGUUUGCACCAGCUCUUUGAAACCAAGGAAGCUGAAGCCACCAGAAUGUCAAGAGAAAUAGAGAAAUUAAAAGAAGAAAUGAACUCUCAUGUGAUCAAAGUAAAAUGGGCCCAAAACAAAUUGAAGGCUGAAAUGGAUUUACACAAGGACACCAAAGAUCGGCUUAAAGAGGCAACCGCAAAAGUCACUCAAGCGAAAGAGGAAGCUGAGCAAAUACGAAAGAACUGCCAAGAAAUCAUAAAAACAUAUCAAGAGUCUGAAGAAAUUAAAUCAAAUGAAUUGGAUGUAAAACUCCGACUUACAAAAGGAGAGCUGGAAAAACACUUGCAGGAGAAGUCUGACCAUCUAGAGGUACAUCAUGCCAAAAUAAAAGAACUUGAAGAUGUGAAGCGAACUUUUAAAGAGGGUAUGGAUGAGCUACGAACUCUAAGGACAAAGGUCAAGUGUCUAGAGGAUGAACGAUUGAGAACAGAAGAUGAAUUAUCAAAAUACAGAGAAAUUAUUAAUCGCCAGAAGGCUGAGAUUCAGAAUCUGCUGGACAAAGUGAAAACCAUAGAUCAGCUCCAGGAGCACCACCAGAGAGAUGAACAAGAGAUUAACUCCUUGAAGGAAGAAGUGGGCAGUCUCAACUCUCUGCUUACUGACUUCCAGAAGGACAUUGAUGGCAGCCGGAAAAGAGAAUCGGAGCUAUUGGUCUUCACUGAAAAGCUGAGUACUAAGAACGCCCAACUGCAGUCGGAAACCAACUCCCUACAAAUGCAAGUAGAUAAGAUCACCUACAGCGAGAGAGAGUCUCAGAAUCAGCUGGAACUAGUGAAGCAAGCAAGAGAUGAACUGGCAAGUAAAUUGCAGAAAGAAGAGGAACUUCACAGAAACAAUGUUCAAGCGUUGCAGGCAGAAUUAGCAUCUCAACAGAAAGCAUUAGCAGACCUCAACACUAAAGCAGAUGAAUUAAAAGAUGAGUUGGUUACGCAGAAGCGAAAGCAUGCUGCAAAUCUGAAAGACCUCACCAAGCAACUUCAGCAAGCACGAAGAAAAUUAGAUCAGCUUGAAAAUGGCAACUUUGAUAAAGAUGUCAGCAGUAUGGGGAGUCGUUCUAGCUCAUCAGGAUCGCUUAAUGCUCGAAGCAGUAAUGAAGAUCGCUCGCCAGAAAACAGUGGCUCUUCAGUAGCUGUGGAUCAUUUCCCUGAAGUGGACAAGACCAUCUUGAUUGAGAGAAUAGUAAGGUUACAGAAAGCCCAUGCUCGGAAAAAUGAGAAGAUGGAGUUCAUGGAGGAUCAUAUCAAACAGCUGGUUGAAGAAAUCAGGAAAAAACCAAGUAUAAUAAUCCAGAGCUACAUUUUGAGGGAAGAAGCUGGCACAUUGUCAUCUGAGGCCUCUGAUUUCAAUAAAGUGCAUUUAAGUAGGCGUGGUGGGAUUAUGGCCUCUCUCUACACAUCUCACCCAGCAGACAGCGGGCUCACUUUGGAACUCUCUCUGGAGAUAAACAGGAAGCUCCAAGCAGUCCUGGAGGACACUUUAUUGAAGAAUAUUACCCUGAAGGAAAAUCUGCAAACACUAGGAACAGAAAUAGAACGGCUAAUUAAGCAGCAGCAUGAACUGGAACAGAGACUGAAGCAAACAUAGCUGAGAGCAAGACCAAGGAGUCAGAAAAGACAGGUGCUCCAUACCCUGUUGGUAUAUAACCUGGAUAUCCGCCAGUGUCUUCUGUCAAUCCCAUAAAGCUUUAAUAAAGCAAACUGGAGUAUGUUUAUGAGCGAGGUUUACAAGGCCCAAGGCCCAGCGCUUGCUUUGCCUGAAGUGAUGGAAAACUCUUGGUGAACUUUUCUGAACGCUAUGUGCAUCCAUAUUGCUUUUCACUGAAACAAGAUAUCCACAUGCACCAUUUUAUGCACUUAUAUUUAGAGAGAGAGAGAAAAAUAAUUCUGCUUUGUGCAACUACAGUACCCUGUUAAUGAAGAAGCGUGGUGGAAGGAAAGACUCUUGGGUUUUGCAGUUCUUGGGGGUGGGUAGUGAUGGAGAGGGUUGUCCAUUGGACAUAUUAAACUUAUUGCCCUCCAGAGGAUAUAUGUCUGGGGGAAACCAAACACUCACACACAUGCACUUCCUCUCUUGGAUUUAUUUAAAUUGGUUGAUUUUAUUUAUAACAUGCAUUGGAAAAGACUUUCAUAGUAGACUGUUCUCUAAGGACAUGGUACUGCAUAUUUUAUCAAUUGGAGACGAGAGAUUUUUUUUAAAAUCCCUGCUGACUUCUUGGAUAUGAAUUGGAUUAUUAUUAUUUUUUAAUUAAAGAGAAUAAUUGAAAGAGAAACUUCUGCAGCUAAUUGGUGUGAGCUGUUGAAACCAGGCUUUCACCUACAGAGAUUGCUAAUAAAAUACAGAGCUAUUUAUUAUUUGAACCCUUGCAAGGCUUUGUAAAUUUAAAUGGAAAUAGCAGUUGCAUGUGUGUGCUGUGGCAUAAACAUAUACUCUUGCUACUUUAUCGCCUGUCUCGUAUCUGCCCAUGUACUGGCAAGGCCAUACUUCUCCAUGGGUGGAAGAAGGAAAAGAGGUAUUUACUAGGGAACUUAAGUUGUCUAUACACUACAAAACUAUGGUAGUCUGCUACUAGAAAUGACUACAUACAAGCUUUCUUAAGAAUGGUGAGUGACAGCUUGUGACCCUCCAUGUCUUGUUGGACUCUUAACUUCCAUCCGUUCUAGUCAGCGUGGUGGGGGGCAAUGGGAUCUGCCCUGCAAUCUGGAGGGCCACAAGCCUGGCACAGAAUGAACAGAAAAAGCUACCCACUAUUGGCUGCUGAAAUGAUAGGCACCGCCAGGAGACAAUAAUGAACAGCUGCAUCUCUGCCAAAAAUAUGUAUGUGAGCUAUGCGAAUCCUAAAAUACAAAUUGCAAAGCAUUGGAAAUAACUGAGCACUUGAGUAGUCUUGCUGGUGGAUAGCAUGUACUUAGUAAAA